UGCUAAGUUUCCUCUUCCCUUGGAUGCUGACUGCAGCAACCUGACCACUUGUUUCCUCGCGAGAUUUAAAUUUGCGAUUUGGUAUGAAGAUGGCGGCUCCGCCUGAAGAGCACAGCUUAGAGUUCCGCAUUAACAAAGCGACCAACCCUUUAAACCGGGAGAAUGACUGGGAGAGUAUUCAACUAUUCUGUGACCAGCUCAGCAAUGAACCUGAUGGUCCACAGUUGGCCACCAGGCUUUUGGCUCACAAGAUUCAGUCUCCUCAGGAGUGGGAGGCAAUGCAGGCACUUAUGGUUUUAGAAACCUGCAUGAAGAACUGUGGGAAAAAGUUUCACAAUGAAGUGGGGAAGUUCCGUUUCCUGAACGAGCUCAUCAAAGUUGUCUCCCCUAAGUAUCUUGGUUCUCGAGCCCCGGAACCAGUAAAGAAAAAAGUUUUAGAAAUGAUGUACAACUGGACUGUGAUUUUACCAGAAGAAACGAAGAUAUCAGAUGCGUAUCAUAUGCUUAAAAAACAAGGUAUUGUAAAACAGGACCCUGAUUUUCCCGAUGACAAACCUCUUGUCCCUCCUUUGCCCAGACCCACGAAUGCCAUCUUCGAGGAUGAAGAGAAAUCAAAGACAUUAUCUCGUCUCCUGAAUAGCACCCACCCCGAAGACCUACGGGCAGCAAACAAACUGAUCAAGGAGAUGGUUCAGGAGGAUCAGAAGCGUAUGGAGAAGGUGUCAAAGAGGGUGAAUGCUAUAAAGGAGGUUAAGGAAAGUGUAAUGCUUCUCACACAGUUACUGGGAGAUUACAGCAAAGAGACAGGCUCACACAGCAAUGAGGAGCUCAUAAAGGAUAUGUACCAGCGCUGUGAGAAGAUGAGACCAACUCUGUUCAGACUGGCCAGUGAUACUGAGGACAAUGAUGAAGCUCUUGCGGAGAUCUUGCAGGCAAAUGACAGUCUAACGCAGGUGAUUAACCUGUACAGGCAGCUGGUAAAGGGGGAGGAGGUGAAUGGAGACACCAGCAGCACAACCAGAUUAUCAAGCAGCAGUAACGCUCUGUUGGACCUAACUGGAUUGGACACUUCACCUUCGGCUCAGUCUUUUACUGAAUUUCCCUCUCAGACGUUACAUUUACAGGAGAUGGGUGCCAGUCUGCUGGAUGAUGAGCUCAUGUCCCUGGGCUUGACUGAGGUUAAUUCUAAUUUGGCACCUUCUCAAUCGGUAGACAGCAUGACAUGGAAUACAUUUCAGUCAUCAGAGUCUGUGAACACACCUGUUCCACCGGUCCCAGCAACGGCAGUGGCAUGUGCCGCUAAGACAUCCAAUAACGCCUUAGAUGAUUUAGACCUGUUGGGUAAGACCCUGCUGCAGCAGUCUUUACCCCCAGAGAGUCUUCAGGUGAAAUGGGACAAAUUUCAGCCUCAUACCAAACCCACACUUCGAGACCUUCAGAUCAAGUCUGCAACCACUCCUAGCCCAGAGCUGACCUGCUCCUCUGAGCCGGGAGAUCUUCUGAAUUUACAGCCCACAGCAGGUGUCACUACAGCCUCUACCCCUCAGGAUGACUUACUAGCAAAUAUGACUGUUCCCCUGGAAACUAUUAAACCCAGUAGCAUGUUGCCUUUGACAAUCUUUGAUAAACACAGCCUACGGGUUUUGUUCCAUUUUGCAAGAAGCUCUCCAUCACCUCGGUCGGAUGUUUUGGUGGUGAUCAUCUCUAUGUUGUCCUCUGCCCCCGUGCCCAUCACAAACAUACGAUUCCAGGCUGCUGUUCCUAAGACAAUGAGAGUGAAGCUCCAGCCGCCGUCAGGAUCAGAUUUACCUGCCUUCAACCCUUUACUGCCCCCUGCUGCCAUUACACAAGUUCUUCUGUUAGCCAACCCUCACAAGGAGAAGGUGCGGUUGCGAUACAAACUGACAUUUGACUUGGGAGAAGAAUCACACGACGAGAGUGGUGACAUAGAGCAAUUCCCUCCACAAGAGUCUUGGAUGAACCUUUAGAGGAAAAAAAACUGCUUUCCUGCUAGUGACCUGUCUGCUACCCAGUGGCAGUUAACAACCAGACUGACACUGAUUCAUCCGUGCAUUUGUUUUCUGAUCUGUGAAGCCUUUUUGUGGAAGCAUUGUGUGUUUGCCUUUAGAGAGAAGGGUUUUCUUAUCAUUAAUGUUAUUUCUUUAAGAAUAUAUAAUGAAGUGAAGGUUUUAGCCAGAUUUAAUGAGGUUUCAUGCCUAUACAUUUUCUGCAAUCAUAGUUUUUUUCAUUUUCAGAUGUUGAUUAAUACUUUUUUCACUUGCACUUUUCUCUUGCCCACUAUGUUCUUUUAGAUUUAUUGUAUUGUCAGUCUGCAUGUGGUUUUGUUAGUAAUAUACCAAACUAAGAAAAUCAAUUUCUUAGCAAUAAACCCGAAUUGAAAUGAUAAAUAUUACACUUAAACAGCCCCUUUUAUCAUUUAUUAUGAUAGUUGUUAAAAACAAUUCUCAGCCUGUGCACUGUCCUGCUCUUGAAUGUCUACCCGGAAGUCUUGUUGAAAUGAACCAUACGUGCCUAAUCAGAAAAUUAUUUUUUUCAUGCUUGUGAAUAUAGAUAUUUUGUGUUUUCUGUCGUUUCACACUUUGUUUGGUUUGUUUUGGAUGAGAGCUUUUUAAAUGUCUCGGGAUCCACACUAAAUUUCAGAUCUUCCUUUCUUCGAUCUAGAAACUGUUCUAGAAAUGAUCUAUUUUACCCUUGCUAUCCCUAAAUGAUGUUAGACAAUUAGUAAAAUGGCAUUUUGGUUCACCAUAUGCCCCAAUACUGAGCAAUUUUUGUAGAAAAUUGACCAAUUUGGGGUAGGACACUUGUGUUGCUCUGUACAGCUUAAGGUCUAUAAAAACCUUUUUUGCAUUCCAAAAAGUAUCCCUACAAUUUUUUUUCACUUGACAACGUGUAAAUGAUAUCAGUGUUGCAGCUGUACAUUAUCCAAAAACAGACUAAACAUAUGGAGAAGUGAAAGUAGUGCAAAUAUGUAUUUAAAUUAAAUAAAGUUAUUCUUUUUCUCUGGGGUUUACAUUUUCAA